AUGGAAAAGAUCAGGAACAAUCAUCCGGAUAUCGCACCGUCCGGGUCAACCUUCAGCCGAAGCGUUAAGGUCGGCAACCUGCUGUUCGUCGCCGGCUGCACGGCUCGCGGCACCGACGCGCAGGGUCAGUCCAUGACGGAGCAACUCAGGGUCACGCUGGACCGCAUCGCGGGCAUCGUGAGGGCUGAGGGCGGCGCGCCUUCCGACAUCGUGAAGAUCACGACCUUUGUGACCAGCGUCCCCGCAUGGCAAGAGCAACGGGAAGCCCAGGAAGCGCUGUUCGCCGAGUGCUUCGGUGGUCAGUAUCCGGCCAGUACCCUGGUGGAGAUCACGGCCCUGGCCGAGCCCGGGCUGGACGUCGAGAUCGAGGCCAUCGCCGAGAUCAGCUGA